UUUGAAGUCCAGGCGAAGGAGCAGAACUCUAGAGCCUUUGGCUCCGCACCGGUUCACCAGCUGCCUGUUCCUUCAUGGCCCCACAGAGCGCCCAGCGCCUGGCCGCAGGGUGAAAACAGCAAAGGACAAAGCCGACAGAGGUGACCCUUGUCACACCGGCCUCGGCGGCCAGCUGCCCACAGCACCAAGAUGAUGGCCAUCGACCCCGUGACUUGCAUGCAAGAGAUGACCCUGAUAGAGCUGAAGCCUCUGGCCCCCAGUGCCACGGUGGAAGAGGGGGUGUCCCUGGGGAACCACCAGCCGGGGGACCCCGACACCACCCUGCCUUGGGACCAGUCCCAGUGCGGCUCCGGGUAUAAGGAGACUGGGGAGCCCCCAGCCCUGGCUAAGGCAGAGUCCAAGGGACAGCGGAGGCCGAGCCCGGAGGGGAUCCAGGAAGGCACUGAGUUGGAGUGUCCUGGAGAGGCCAAGGCUUUCCUCAGUCCUGCCCCACUGAAGGAGCAGACAGAGGAUGAAGUCAAUCAGAUGCCAGAGAAGGCAGUUCACAUGUUCAUCCCCAUCGAUACCUGCUGCAUCGAGCGGACGCCCGGGCGCUGCAGCUCAGCAGGGACCAGCGCCUGGAAACAGCCAGUGCCUCGGCAUGGCGAAAGCACCCAAAAAGACACCAGCAGCUCUGAGAAGCAGCUCUUCGUGCCCUGCAGCCCCAGGCACUACAGCAAGGAGCAGCCCGGGGUGCCCAGCGGAUGCCCACCGUGCUCCAGCUGCAGCAAGGCCAACCUCAAAGCCGUGGCCUCCACGGUGGCGGCCAUGAUCCUCUACCCCUGCUUCGUGUACGGGGCCUACGUCUUCCUGCCCUUCGAUGCCCCCCCAAUGCCCAGCAUGAGCAUCCGGCUGGUCUACACCCUUCGCUGUGGCACCUUUGCCACCUUCCCCAUCAUCCUCGGGAUGAUUGUGUAUGGCAUCUCGCGCCUCUGCUUCUCGGCGCUGCAGCCCUUCGGGGAACUACGGCGGGAGGUGGAGAUCCACCGCGGCUAUGUUGCCCAGUCCGUGCAUCUCUUCAUCCUCUACUUCUUCAACCUCGCCGUGCUGGCUACCUACCUGCCCCAGGAGGCCCUGAAGCUCAUCCCCUUGCUCACAGGGCUCUUCGCCAUCUCCAGGCUGCUGUACUGGGUCUCCUAUGCCAUGGGCCGCUCUUUCCGUGGCUUCGGCUUCGGCCUCACCUUCCUGCCGCUGCUCACCAUGCUUCUGUGGAACCUCUACAGCAUGUUCGUGCUGGAGCCCCAGGACCUGUUUGCCACGGCGGAUGGGCCCGAAGGCCCCCUGGAGAAGAAGCCUGGUGCCACUGUGCCCAAGGCGCGCUACUGGGGGUGACUGAGGGGGCUGGAAGGCCUGGAGUGGGCUCUCCCAGCCCCCUGGUACCUGGACCUUGGACAGGCACCACCAAUGGCCUGGCUCUGCCAGGAUGAAGCAGGAGAAUACGGACUCAGGGCCCGCAGGUGAUUCAGGAGCACAAUGGUACCUGCCUCUGGACCCAGCUAGGCAGCUGCAAAGGGUUAAUCCUCACCCUGGCUACUUCUAGGAGCACAGAGCUAGCCGCUCACCUGAGUCUGGACUGCAUUGGCACUGAAGGGGCCCUGGUAAGGAGGAAACCCCUUGAUAAGGACCGGCAGCUCUGUGCUUUGCUGACCUGGCUGCUCUCAUUUCACUGGCCCAGGGCCCGGCAUCAGGAUUACAGCACAGGGGAGCAGGGUGAAGGGCCCAGGCUGAUAGCUGCUGAUUGAAUCGCCUGUGGAGCCUUUUUUUUGCACAGCAAUGCAUUGACCUGGGCUGGUCCUGUUGCUGGUAGGAUGCUGCAGUGGAAGGAGGGCGAUGGGCAUGGGCCAUUGGCUGCCUAGACAGUCUGGGUGGGUGGAAGACCCGUGCCAUGCUGGGCAUUGCUGUGGUCUUGGCCCUGAGCCCCAGCUAUGCUGAAUGAAACCAUCUGCAAUGCU